AUGCUCCGCCGUGGCUCCUUAGUCUGUCUGCUCCACUGUGGCUCCCUAGUCUUUCUGCUCCGCAGUGGCUCCCUAGUCUUUCUGCUCCGCCGUGGCUCCCUAGUCUUUCUGCUCCGCCGUGGCUCCCUAUCUGUCUGCUCCCUAGUCUUUCUGCUCCGCCACGACUCCCUAGUCUUUCUGCUCCGCCUCAGCUCCCUAGUCUUUCUACUCCGCCGCGGCUCCCUAGUCUUUCUGCUCCGCCGUGGCUCACUAGUCUGUCUGCUCCGCCGUGGCUCCUUAGUCUUUCUGCUCCGCCGUGGCUCCCUUGUCUUUCUGCUCCGCCGUGGCUCCCUAGUCUGUCUGCUCCGCCGCAGCUCCUUAGUCUUUCUGCUCCUUCUGCUCCGCCGUGGUUCCCUAGUCUUUCUGCUCCACCGUGGCUCCCUAGUCUUUCUGCUCCUUCUGCUCCACCGUGGUUCCCUAGUCUUUCUGCUCCGCCGUGGCUCACUAGUCUGUCUGCUCCGCCAUGGCUCACUAGUCUGUGUGCUCCACCGUGGCUCCCUAGUCUUUCUGCUCCGCCGUGGCUCACUAGUCUGUCUGCUCCGCCGUGGCUCCCUAGUGUUUCUGCUCCGCCGUGGCUCCCUAGUCUUUUUGCUCCGCCGUGGCUCCCUAGUCUUUCUGCUCCGCCGUGGCUCCCUAGUCUUACUGCUCCGCCGUGACUCCCUAGUCUUUCUGCUCUGCCGUGGCUCCCUAGUCUUCCUGCUACUUCUGCUCCGCCGUGGCUCCCUAGUCUUUCUGCUCCACCACGACUCCCUAGUCUUUCUGCUCCGCCUCAGCUCCCUAGUCUUUCUACUCCGCCGCGGCUCCCUAGUCUGUCUGCUCCGCCUUGGCUCACUAGUCUGUCUGCUCCGCCGUGGCUCCCUAGUCUUUCUGCUCCGCCGUGGCUCCCUAGUCUGUCUUCUCCGCCGUGACUCACUAGUCUGUCUGCUCCGCCAUGGCUCCCUAGUCUUUCUGCUCCGCCGUGGCUCCCUAGUCUGUCUGCUCCGCCGUGACUCCCUAGUCUGUCUGCUCCCUAGUCUUUCUGCUCCGCCACGACUCCCUAUUCUUUCUGCUCCGCCUCAGCUCCCUAGUCUUUCUACUCCGCCGCGGCUCCCUAGUCUUUCUGCUCCGCCGUGGCUCACUAGUCUGUCUGCUCCGCCGUGGCUCCUUAGUCUUCCUGCUCCGCCGUGGCUCCCUAGUCUUUCUGCUCCGCCGUGGCUCCCUAGUCUGUCUGCUCCGCCGCAGCUCCUUAGUCUUUCUGCUCCUUCUGCUCCGCCGUGGUUCCCUAGUCUUUCUGCUCCACCGUGGCUCCCUAGUCUUUCUGCUCCUUCUGCUCCACCGUGGUUCCCUAGUCUUUCUGCUCCGCCGUGGCUCACUAGUCUGUCUGCUCCGCCAUGGCUCACUAGUCUGUGUGCUCCGCCGUGGCUCCCUAGUCUUUCUGCUCCGCCGUGGCUCACUAGUCUGUCUGCUCCGCCGUGGCUCCCUAGUGUUUCUGCUCCGCCGUGGCUCCCUAGUCUUUCUGCUCCGCCGUGGCUCCCUAGUCUUUCUGCUCCGCCGUGGCUCCCUAGUCUUACUGCUCCGCCGUGACUCCCUAGUCUUUCUGCUCUGCCGUGGCUCCCUAGUCUUCCUGCUCCUUCUGCUCCGCCGUGGCUCCCUAGUCUUUCUGCUCCAC